AUGGGUGCCUGCGCCGCCCGUCGUGCUACCUUCACCGUUGACGUGACAGCCUCCUGUACCUCGGAUGGCUCUGCUGUGAACUCGGGAAGCUGCACCAUCUACAAGCGAUACAUCGUUAUGAGCCAGGGCGCGUUGGCCAUGUUUUCUGCUAUUGCAGGAUUAUCUGCCCUGCAGUUCAUCCUCUUCUUGGUGACCUUCAUCUGGACUCUUGUUCAGUUCUUGCGCUGGAGAAAAGCCAACGCACCUGCCGCUGCUGCAAGCGCCAGUCAGGGAGAGAUUCAGAUGGAGUCCAAGCAGCCGUUCCUCACGCAGCAGACUGCGUACCAGCAGUCGCAGAACGGCCAGGUUCCCCAGCAGCAGCAGCAACAGCAGCAAUUCUACCCGCCUCAGUCCUACACGCCUCAGCCGCAGGCUCCUCCUCAACAGUACCAGCAUCAACCACCUCAGCAGUACCAGGAGAUGCCGAGCCAGCAACCCCAGCAACAACAGUAUCAGCAGGCUCCUCCGGCCCAGAACUACACACAGCCGCCGCACGACUAUCAGCAACAUCCGCAGCAGUACCCUCCUCAGUCAUAUACCCCUUCGCCUGUUAACGGCACAGUUUCGCCGACGCAUUCCCCACCCCCUCAAGGGCAGACUUACACCUAUCCCCCGCAGGAGCUUCGGUAG